AUGAUACGCGGUUCGUUGUCGACACUGCACCGCAUCGGCCGUUCUGAGCCUGUGCGUCACUCCAUUCGUUCUACAGCCUACUUUUUGGCAUCUUCACCUAGUGGUCAACAAUCAAACCUUACAUGGAUCCCGGCACUUGCGUCGGGUGCACUCGGCAUCCUUGGCAUCUCUCUGUUAAACGACAACCAUUCUGAUUGCUGUGGGAUCGUAGGUGUCGUGGGCAAAUCUCAAAAUGCGUCCGAUUUUUUGCUGGAAGGACUCACUAUCCUGCAGAAUCGCGGUUAUGAUUCGGCUGGUAUGUCAACGCAACCUAGCACUCAAAAUGGCGAGUCCGCAGCCAUCACGACUACAAAGUUUGCCUCGGUGGUUGGUACAGCUGACUCGAUUCAUCUGCUUCGAGAGACCAAGGACAAACAUAAUGGCAACACGACUGGCAUCGCGCACACGCGCUGGGCCACACACGGCGCUAAGACGGACUGCAACUCACAUCCGCACACAGACAUGCAUGGCCGCGUUUCAUUGGUACAUAAUGUGUUUUCUUCACAGACAGAUACAGAGGUGGCCGCACAGCUAAUUGGGCACUUGAUAGGGGAGGGUGCUGAUCUCCUCACGGCCGUGCGUCUUGCAUUAAACAAGCUUGAAGGCACAUGGGGACUCUGUGUCAUGUCUCGAGAUGAUCCAGGAAAAAUUGUCAUUGCUCGCAACGGUUCUCCUUUGUGUAUUGGGUACGGCUCAAACGAAAUGUUUGUAGCAUCCGAGACGACGGCUUUCAGUCGCUACGCGAAGCAGUUCAUAUCGCUGAAGGACGGAGAAGUGGCUGUGAUUAAGAGCGAUUCCGCAGAAUUAAACCCCAAUGACGAUGGUAAGGAAGAAGGAUUUCUACAGCGUUUUCCGACCAGUAGAUUGGCUGUGGCACCGGAUGUGAAGGUGCGUCUCUCGCCGGCACCGUAUCCACAUUGGACUCUACGUGAGAUAAUGGAGCAGCCCAAGGCUGUUGCUGCCGCUCUGGGCUAUGGUGGCCGUGUUUCAGAUGACCACGUGUAUCUCGGGGGACUUGAGGCGGAAAAAGAUCGUAUGCUGCGUAUCAAGCACCUUCUGAUAGCUGCAUGUGGGACAUCAUUGUACGCCAGCAAGUAUGGUGCCAGACUGAUGCGAACGCUCAACUCGUUUGACAGUGUCGCUGCAGAGGAUGCAUCCGAGUGUACAAGCGAUCGAUUUUCAAAGAAAGAUGGUGGUCUGCUUGUAGUGUCGCAGUCUGGUGAAACCAAGGAUGUCCAUCGCGCAUUGAAAAUUGCAGAAGAAUUGCAACUUGAAGUGCCAACAUUCUCUGUUGUGAACUCGGUAGGGUCUCUCAUUGCUCGUACAACAAAAUGCGGUGUGUAUUUGAAUGCUGGCCGUGAAAAUGCUGUGGCGAGUACAAAAGCUUUUGUUACGCAAGUCACGGUUAUGGGUCUUAUCGCCUCUUGGUUUGCUCAAAAUCGCCCCGAUGGUAAUCGAUCGAAGAUGGCUGAGCUAAUUCAGAGUAUGCACCGCCUUCCAAUUGCUAUUGGCAUGGCGUUACGCUCGCGUGAACAAUGUGUAAAGAUUGCUGAUCAACUCGUUUCCGCUGAACAUCUUUUUGUUCUUGGUAGGGGUUACGGUGAGCCCAUUGCAUAUGAAGGUGCUCUGAAAAUCAAGGAGAUCACAUAUUUGCACGCAGAAGGCUACCCUGGUGGUGCACUGAAACACGGACCCUUUGCGCUAAUUGAAGGCGAAAAAAAUGGCAAGUUUGGUGCAACGCCUAUCAUCCUAAUUGUGCUAGAUGAUGAGCACGCCACCUUUAUGAAGACGGCGGCUGAGUCUGUACGAGCGCGUGGAGCUCACACGAUUGUCAUCACCGAUAACCCGGCCAUGUGCGCAAACAUCGCCGAUGAAGUUAUUCCAAUUCCGACAAACGGUCCAAUGACGGCACUGCUUGCAACGAUUCCUCUGCAGCUUAUUGCUUAUGAGCUUGCAGUGCGCAAAGGCAUUAAUCCGGACGUGCCGCGCAAUCUAGCUAAAGCUGUUACUGUGGAUUAG